CUCUUCCCAAGGUCCCUUCUUCGCACAACCCAUCCUAUUCUCCAUCAAGAUGCAGGAACAAUUCGCUCCAUUGAAGAAUGACCUUUUGCUAAGGGCUGCAAGAGGCGAGAAGGUCGAGCGUCCUCCGAUAUGGGUUAUGCGUCAAGCUGGACGCUAUCUCCCCGAAUACCACGAAGCUAAAGGAGGUCGCGACUUUUUUGAAUGUUGCCGCAGCCCGGAAAUCGCCUCGACACUGACUAUCCAGCCCGUGGAACGGUAUGCAGGGCUUAUCGAUGCCGCCAUCAUCUUCUCCGAUAUUCUAGUCAUUCCCCAGGCUAUGGGAAUGCAGGUUGAGAUGGUUGACAAGAAGGGACCCCACUUCCCCGAACCGCUGAAGACGCCGGACGACGGACAGUACGAGAAAGUGAUGCAAAAGCAGGUCGAUGUUAAGGAGGAACUUGACUACGUUUACAAGGCCAUCCGGCUCACCCGGCACAAGUUGCAGGGCCGUGUCCCGCUUAUUGGCUUUUGCGGUGCCCCAUGGACCCUCCUGUGCUACAUGGUUGAAGGCGGUGGAAGCAAGAUGUUUGUUCAGUCGAAAACGUGGGUCUACAAGUACCCGAAGGAAUCCCAGGCAUUGCUGCAGAAGAUCGCAGAGAUCUGUGUGGAAUACCUUGCUCUCCAGGUUGCCGCAGGCGCCCAGUUGGUUCAGGUCUUUGACUCAUGGGCCGGUGAACUUUCUCCGGCCUCGUUCAAGUCAUUCUCGCUCCCAUAUCUGCGCCAUAUUUCUGCCAAUCUGCCCAAGCGGUUGAAGGAAAUGGGACUGGAGCCAGUACCCAUGACUGUUUUCGCCAAGGGCGCAUGGUAUGCACUUGAUGACCUUUGCGAAUCCGGCUAUAACGUUGUUGGGCUUGACUGGCUACAUGAUCCGGCGGAAGCUAGGCGAAUUGCGAAUGGUCGGGUCACCAUCCAGGGUAAUGCUGAUCCCGGCAUGCUCUACGGUGGCCGUGCCGCCAUCACAGAAACUGUCGAGACCAUGGUUAAAGGUUUCGAGAAGGGCAAGCAGGGAUGGAUUGCGAACUUGGGCCAUGGUGUUACUCCAUUUGUCAAGCCUGAUGAUCUCAAAUUCUUUUUUGAGGAGAUUCACAGACUAACGGCAUAGAUGGAACAUAAUACUAGGUCAUGGCGAUGAUUCCGGUAGGACUGAGGCUCUGACUAUUUACAUUGUGAUUCCUCAUACCCUGCAGCUCAUCGGCGAAUGGCUGAUUAGCCUAUGAUAUAUUCAGGGCUUAAACGGCAAUAUCCUCAUUCCUACAUUGUUGAUACGUCCAUAGUCAGCUACUAUCAUUUGGAGAUGGGGAGAUGGGGUGGGCGGUUGAAGAAUAUAUUGUUAUCGACGACUUGUCAUGAUCCAAAAGCAGUGUUCAAAA